CGGGAACCAAACCACAAUUUGCUGAAUGGAAACGCUAAGAAUUUUUAGAUACUUGCAGGGGACUAUUGAGCAUGGUUUGUGGCUUCAGCCUACAUCUCGACCUACUUGUGUCAUUGCCUACUCUGAUGCUGAUUGGGCUGGUUGUCCAGAUACGUCCCGCUCCACAACUGGUUUUGCAGUUUUCUUGGGCGCGAAUCUUGUCUCCUGGAAGUCGAAAAAGCAGCCUACUGUCUCCAAAUCCUCUACAGAAGCUGAAUAUACGUUCAGGAUACCCUGCAUAUACGUUCCAUAUUGUUUGAGCUCGGCUAUCCCAUUACUACGCCGGUCCAGCUUUUUGUGAUAAUAUUUCUGCUUCUUAUCUCACUGCUAAUCCAGUUCCGCAUGCUCGUAGCAAGCACAUUCAGAUUGACUAUCACUUUGUCAGGGAGCGUGUGGCUCAUGGAGAUAUAAUUGUGAAGUACAUCCCUACUCAGUUACAGUUAGCUGACAUUUUUACUAAAAGUCUUUCUAGUCAGCAAUUUCAUUUUUUAAAAGACAACCCGUGCGUUGUAUCUCUCGCACAGUUUGAGGGGGUGUAAUAGAAUAUUAUUAGGAAGAUUUGUUUCCUAUUGUGUAUUAAACUCUUUUAUUAUAAAUAGACAUCCAGGGCUCCUAUUGGAGCACCUUUCCCCGUUAUUUCACACAUUUUUUUGCUUUUUAUUUUAUUUUUCUAGGAGAUGUAUGUGCAUUAUUUAUUACACAAUAAUGAAAUUAAAUGAUUAGUUAUAAUAUAUUAUUAAAUGUAACAAUUUA